AUGGAGGAGCAUUUUACAAAACUAGAUUUUAAAAAUGAAGAAUUGGCUACUAGAUAAAGAAGUGAACCUAUCUUCGACAUCUAGAAACAGUUCAAAACUAUCGGAGAGUACACCAUUGAUUUCAGCCAGUUUCUAGGCAAAGGUAAAUAUGGAGAAGUAUACAAUGCACAUAAAUCUAAGGAAUAUAAAGAUGACAAGAGAUAUGCUUGUAAGAUAAUAAAAGCUAAUCUUGUGGAGGAAUAAUAAAACAUACUUAAUGAAAAAUUGCAAUAGGGAAACAAUUUUGAUGAACAAGAAUUUGUGAAAAACUAUCUAAGCAAGUAAAUUCAACAGGAAAUCGACUCGCUCAUGCUGGUAAAGUCUCAUUAUACAAUAUAGCUUAUAAAGGCAUACAAGGCCAAAUCAGGGCAUUAUUUGAUUACUGAACUGUGCAAUGGUGGGAGUCUAUAAAAUUUGCUAAAACUUAGAGGUAGAUUUUAAGAAGAACAAGCCAGAAUGAUAUUUAAGCAAAUUAUUAACGGCAUUUUUGACAUGCACUCUAUGGACAUAAUCCACAGAGAUCUAAAGCUUGCCAACAUAUUACUUAAUUUUCCAGAAAAUAACAUAAAAACUCUUAGUAAAUAAUAGAAGCAAGAAUUUUUAAGAGAUUUUGACAUGGAAAAAGUAAAACUUGAAGUAAAAAUUUCAGAUUUCGGAUUUUCAAAGACAAUUACUGUUCAGACAAAGAAGAAGAAACAUACAAUAUGCGGAACUCCAGCUUAUAUGGCUCCAGAUCUGUAAAUAGGCAACAACAGGUAAUACUCUAAUAAAAUAGAUAUAUGGGCACUUGGCAUUAUUUUUUAUGAACUCUUAGUUGGUGUGAACCCUUUUUAGGGAAACAAUUCUAAUGGAUUUAAAAAGAAGUUAAAAUAAGGAGUCUUCAUAAUUCCAGAUGAUGUUCAAAUAUCUGCUAAAGCUAUUUCUUUAAUAAGUAGAUGCUUGCAAUAUGAAGAGGAUUAAAGAAUUUCUAUAAAAGAGUUUAUUAAAGACGAAUAUUUUGAUAAUCAAUAUUAGCUGUCAAGAGAUUUUGAUUUUAUGCAAUAUUUGCCUAAGCAACUGUGA